UUCUGUGAAAACAAACAUCAUACAGUCUAAAUAAUAAAAUACUGAAUGACAAAAGAUGUUUGAAAAUAUUUGGGGUUGCUUUUUGAACUCAUAAAUUACUUGGAUCUUCUAACAAAGAAUCAGCGUUUGUUCUAACUCUGCCCCUCGCUCUCCCCUCAGUGUUGAAGGCCAUCGGCUCGACUUUGUCCAUCGCCUCCUUUUUGACCACCUACGAUCACUCAAUGCGCACCUUCCUGCCAGAGAAGGAAAAACACCACAUGAUCUCAUUAGUUUUCUACUUCAUCUGGAACCUGGUUCUCAUCUCUUCUCGCAUCGCUGCCCUCGCUCUUUUCGCCUCCGUGCUGCCCUGCUUCAUCUUCGCCCACUUCAUCUGCUCUUGGCUGGUUUUAUUCUUCUUCGCUUGGCGAUCCAAGACGAACUUCAUGGAUGACCCUCGUGGAGAAUGGCUUUACAGAUCCACUGUUGGCCUCAUUUGGUAUUUUAACUGGUUUAGUGUGGCCAAGGGGAUGAGGAUCAGGUCCGUGCUCUAUCACGCGUAUAUCCUUAUUGAUAUUUGCAUCCUCUGUGGUUUGUGGUGCUGGAAGAUGAGCACAGAUCCUCCUGAUUUUGUGACACACCCUUUAACCACGGCUGCCUGUGUUGUUGCUGUUUACGUCCUUGGUCUGUUAUUUAAAGUUAUUUAUUAUACGUUCUUCCAUCCAAACCUUGAUAAAGAUAAGCUGAAAGGGGCCACCAUCCCAGAGGAGCAACCUGAAGAUGAAGAGCGAUCUCAUUCAGUUCCUACACAUCUCCUUAAGGCCACUGACAAUAAAAGAAUGAGGAAGCUGGCCGAGAACUUCUUCUGCUGACCUGCAUCAUUUGACAUCCACAGGAUGUGGAGGUUAGAAAGAGACUGAGUCAUGUAGGUCACAAGGCUGUGUGGGACUGAGGACUGAGCUGCUGCCUGACUACAGAUACAGACACAGAUACAAUAUCGAAUUAUUUUGCUCAGGUUGAUGUGGGGAUGAAUGUACAGAAACUCUUUAUGCUCUGUGUAAUCGAUCCCUUAAUUGAUUAACUUAGGGACAUGGAUAU